AUGCGAGUACAGCGCCCAGAGGAAGAAGCGAGGGCCAAAGCCAAGGGCUUUAUCGACUAUCGAGAACAGAGGCGAUGGCGAGCAGGCACAACCUUCAACAAUUAUCUUAUCUCCAUCUAUGCCGCAGGCUACGGUGCCCGUCAUUGGCUCCUCACCACUAUCGUCGGCACAGCUCGAAAAGAGAGCACGGCUGGAAAAGUUCAUCGGACACUUGCAAGUACUCUGGAAGCUCUGGCACAAUCUCCAGAGAGCAUCAUCGAGGAGUGCAUCGAGAUGAGCAUGCCGUUGCGUUUCCCUCCCGUUCCCGUCAUUCAACAGGAGACACUCGAACAGAGAAGUCACCUGUUGCUCCCGGCUUCACGAAACCUUUUCGAAGCUAUCCCUGACACCAACAAGAUCUCCUCGUCGCAGGGCGGUCUCAUGCGAGACUUCUCCCUCUUGGCAAUAACCUUUGCUGGCGUCUGUUGCCGGAUGCCUCACAACUGGAGCCCAACUCUUCGGGAAGCCUUGAUUACCGCAUUUCUGGAAGCAGCCCGUGGAAUGAUGGCCUGCUAUGAGGACUGGGAUGUUGGCCAUGCCAAUUCGACGUCCCUUGUGAUUCUCACCUUCCAGUCAUCGGUACUACAUCACCUGGGCAAGACACGCGCAUCAUGGCUCGUCAUGGGCCAAGCUAUUCGCUUGGCUAUAGACAUGCGUGUAUAUGACGAAGCAUCAUACCAAAACCUCGAUCCUCUGGAGUCCAAGUUGCGGCGGAAUAUCUAUGGACUACUCUACGUUAGUGACAUGUCGGCUUCGAUUUUGAACAACAAACCCCUGUCAUUUCACGAGAUAUGUUUGGAUGAGACCUACACACCAGUUGAGCUCUACAGCGAUUUCAACCUAUUUCCUGCAGGAAACAGUCUUUUUGAACCCCUGUAUGAGCAGCAGCUUCAUCAAGGCUUUUACCUUUGCCACGGGCUCUGGAAGUCAGCAACAAACAUUCUCCUUGACAUGAAACUUCUCUCCCAAACACUCAAUACUUCCGGUUUUCAGCUUUGCUCCCAGGACCCUAGUCAGCAGCGGAUCAUGCAGGCAUACAUGUCCUUCUGUGGCAUUCUCGAUUCGCUUCCGGCUUGGCUCCGCGACCCUGGGACGCAUCUUGUCGCAGACGAAGCAGCAACGGCUUUCCAACAACGGACCUUUUGGUACCAGAGGGCAGACAUUGUAGUGACUUUCCAUUGCCUUCGGCUUGUUCUUUUACAACGGGCCGCCCAGAAAGGCUUAUGCGCACUGCUUGGACUGACCGAUGAUCUGGACAUGCUUGCUCUUCGCAAGAUCGAAAUUGCCAGUGACCUCGCUUCAGCUACUACAGGUAUUCCAUUCGAGGCGCUACAGGCUAAUGGAGAGCCACUGGUUGAGAAACUCCGUCAAGUCGGCGUGAGCCUGUUGGAAAUCGCACACCAGAACGAGAAUACAGCUAUUUCUGGCCGGGCCCAGUCGCUUUUGUCAACAAUAAUCGAUAUAAUUGCACGGCUGGACUCUCGAGUAUCCGAUGAGCUGAGUGCGUACCCAGGCUUGGCAUAA